AUGGAAGAACUAAUAUUAAUCAAUUCAAUUGGCAAAUUACCAUCCAAAUUGAUCUUCAUCAGGCAAAAAAUCAUCAUUUAUGCUGUGACCAUCUUCAUCUGCAUCUCAAUAACUUUUGCACAAAUUCCCCACCAUGCUGUGCUAAAUAUCGAACAAGAGGAAAAUCUUCUGCCGGAUCAUCUGAAAAAUCCCUUCCUGAGGACACCACGAGUAGCAGCCGCUCUGGCUGUGAGCAGUUGGUUUGGCCAUGGAGAAGAACCAGUUUUCGAGAGAGAGGCUGAUAAAAUUCCCAGAAGUGAAAUCUACACCGUUCUCACACAUGCUGGAUUAAUUCCUAGACGAUUUUUCAAAUAAUCCAUCAUUCCACCAACUUUUCAGUUUUCCCGCCUUUUUCCACCUCCCAAUCUUAAGUGUACAUAAUAUUGUCAUCAUGUUUGAGAUACGUUAUUUUUUAUGUGAAAUUAAAUAUAAACAUGUCU